AUGACUCACAGUAACUUUGCACAUAUCACAUACAGAGAAUCGUAUUUAACUCAUUUUCUACAAGAGUUAUACUAUUACAGAGCGAAUGGUAGUGAAUUAGUAUCAGAGUCAAUCGUGGUAUCAGGGUGGUUGUAUUGCCCUAGAGAUUUGUUUCAAACUAUAGGUCAUAUUAAAAUGCUUUAG